CACAGCGACACCGACGUCAAUAAGUUCGCCCACGAUUACUGCUGUUGAAGUCGGAGUCCAAAAUUCGAUCCGUUUCGCUGGCUUUCCGAAAUGGCACUCUCCAUGGUGGAAUCGGCGUACCCGCACUGAACGGACCCUGUGCGGUAUAGCUUCAGUAGCCGUCGCGAUGUUUGUGGCAAUGGCAGUUGCCCUUGCGGUCGUCGGGAGCCAGUAUCAGAGUGCACUCGCACGCCGAUCGGUUCCGUAUACCGUUGGAGCUAGUAGUCUAAUAGCACCGCCCGCUACUAAAAAUCGAAACUUCGAAGCUCUCACAAAUCAUGAUGGGCUUUGUCUUACCGCUGGCUGCGUGAAAGCUGCCGCUCAAAUUAUCGAAAACAUGGACGCAACGGCAGAUCCGUGCACUGAUUUCUAUCAAUUCGCUUGCGGAGGCUGGGUUCAGAGACAGAAUAUCCCUGAGGACAAGUCAUCCCUCACGCAGUUCUCGCUGAUUCAAGAUGAGCUCGACGCUAAACUUCGUCAGGUUGUCGAGAAACCGGUUGAUAAAGCACGAGAUCCUCCCUACGUUGUGAAACUCAAAUAUCUCUACCAAAGCUGCGUGAACACAACCCAUCUCGACAAUCUCGGUGAGGAGCCUCUGCAGAAGAUAUUGCGAGACCUCGGGGGUUGGCCCGUCAUCGAGGGCAAUCGAUGGAACGAAUCAGCAUUCGACUGGCUUGACAUUAUCAUCAAGUUCAGGGACCUUGGCUUCUCGCACGAUAUUAUUUUUGACCUCAGUGUUAUUCCCGACUUCCGAAACAAUACCCAAUACCUGAUCGACCUGGACCAAACUUCUCUCGGACUCCCAGAACGAUCCUAUCUUCUCAAAGGAAUUACUGAUCCUGCUGUGCGAGCCUAUUUCAAACUGAUGACAGACGCCGCCGCUCUCCUCGGCGUCAAAGAUGGAGCUGAAGCUCGAAAGGAGCUCGAAGAGGCUCUCCAAUUCGAGACCACUCUAGCGAACUACUCGAUUCCACGAGAAGAACGUAGGAACAUAUCAGCACUCUACAAUAAGAUGACAUUGAGAGACCUCAAGAAGCUCGCGCCUUCCAUCGAGUGGGACACCUACUUCAACAAGCUCCUCGUGGAUCCCAUUUCGGACAAUGAGCAAAUCAACGUAGCCGUCCCUAAAUUCGUCGUGCAGGUAGCAGAUCUGUUGAAUACGACCGACAAACGAACCUUGGCAAACUACAUGAUCUGGCGUGUGGUACUGCAGUCCUAUGCAACUCUUGGCAAAGCAUGGCGUGAUCGACUUCUGGAAUUCAAUGCUGCUCUCAGCGGAAAGACGAGGGAGUCGCCGCGAUGGGAACAAUGCAUGACGUCACUGACCGGAUCGAUGGCCCUAUCUUUGGCAAAUCUCUACGUGAAGAAUUAUUUCCGUGAAGAUUCCAAGGACUCUGCGCUAACCAUGGUCAAAUACAUCACCAACGAAUUCUUGAAAAUGCUGAAGGAAGUGCCAUGGAUGGAUCCCGACACUCGCCAUCGUGCCAAAGAGAAGGCUGAAGCCAUCGUUCCUUAUAUCGGCUAUCCAUCGGAACUGCUUAACGAUACACUGCUCGUCGAACACUAUGAAAAUGUUACAAUGGCGCCUGACGGCUACUUUUCGAACGUGAUGCACCUGCGCAAAUGGUCGACGGACUACUCCUUUGGCCAGUUGAGGAAACCCCACAUCAAGGGCGAAUGGAAAAAGCAUUCCCAAGUAGCCGUUGUGAAUGCUUUUUACAACUCUCUGGAGAAUUGCAUCGAAUUUCCGGCCGGCAUUCUUCAAGGCGCCUUCUUCGCGAGGGAUCGCCCCAACUAUCUCAAUUUCGGUGCCAUCGGAUUCGUUAUCGGACACGAGAUAACUCACGGCUUCGACGACAGAGGUCGUCAAUUCGAUAAGGACGGGAAUAAUAAGAAUUGGUGGGAGCAUGCGACCGAUGAGCGAUUCAAGGAGCGCGCUCAGUGCAUCAUCCAUCAGUACGGAAAUUACACCGUUCCCGAAAGCGGAUUGAACGUCAAUGGAAUCAACACCCAGGGUGAAAACAUCGCUGACAACGGAGGGAUAAAAGAAGCGUUCAGGGCAUAUCGACAGUGGGAGAAGGACAACGGACCCGAGGGCGCCCUUCCGGGUUUGGACUAUACCCCUCACCAACUGUUUUGGAUUUCGGCAGCGAACGUAUGGUGCGGAAAAUACCGUCCCGAGGUCCUGCGGCUCAGGAUCAUAUCUGGGUCACACAGCCCUGCGGCGUUCCGAGUCAUAGGGCCGAUGUCCAAUGCGCCCGAGUUCGCAGAACAAUUCAGCUGCCCUGUCGGCUCCCCAAUGAAUCCCAAGCAGAAGUGUACCGUGUGGUAGACUUGGCCAGAUCUCUGAAGCACUCUCGAGGGUCAGCUGCUUGAAGAGAGAAAUCUUUGAUCCAGUCUAUUUAUGGAAGUAGAGGUUCGUCGAAUCUGAAUUAUAUCUUCCCUCUCUGUAAUUAUUUCCGUGAUUCUACGAUCGCUGCCGCUGUGUGGGAGGGCAGCGAUUUUGUGACAGUCCAACAAGUGACAGCCGAAUCGAGACAGAUGCUAAUAUUGUAGUAUAUGUUGUACAUAAUCCUAGACGACUUCAUCGAUUAAAAAAGCGUGUAAUAUCGACGAUGUGACCGAUGGAACUUGAAUAAAGAACGCGUCAUGUCCACCAGAACUAUACG